ACAAUGAUCACACAUCCAGUUUAUCAUGGGGUUAUUAUUGCUGUUCUCUUAAGCCAAGCUUUUGCUUACACUAACUGUAACAACACUUACACUAACGGGAUAGGAAUAGAGUGUUUUCCUUGUGAACCUGGUUACACAGCAAUAGAAGACUGUCCUGGGAAUUAUACUAGUACUAAAUGUGAGCAGUGCCAGGAUGGAACAUAUCAACCAGAAUGUGUUACCUACAACAAAAGCGUUCGUUGUAGAAACUGUACAGUUUGUGAUGUAUAUAAAGAAAACUGUACAGUAUACAAAGACGCUGUUUGUGAGCUGCAGACUAGUAAACACGAUAGUAGUGACGACAGCGGUGCUCAGUCAACUUUAGUUGUGGUGUUGAUAUUUAUCAGUACAAUCUUUGUUAUCCUUAUCAUGAGCGCUGUUCUGUUAAAUGUAGCAUUUAUUAUAGCUGGAUCCAGUAUACAUAAAGUUGAUGGCAAAGAUUUAGCACCGAAAUCCAACAAUAUAGAAAGGCGCAUUGCUGUCGUCAGUCCACAUAUUGAAUCAAAGAGCAAUGACUGCAAAGAAGUUGAAAACACAGAUUACAUAUUACUACAUAGAACAAGAGAAAGUGUUCAAGUAACUGGAGACUCCGAGAAUACACAAGUUGUUAAUGGUGCAGAAGACUCAGAAAACAAACGCCAAAAUAACCAGUUGUGUCAAAGAACGAAGGACGAAUCAUUAUCUCCCAGGGAUUUAGGCAAGGGUGCCCCUGGAUUUGAAAUAGACUGGACACAAAUUUUCUUACAACUAUCAAAAUCGUUAACUCCAACACGCUGGGAAUUAUUUGCAUAUCAAUUACUCAACAAUUGUCAGAAUAUGGCUAGAAGCGUUCAUGAUACAGUUGCUGAAAUUGAUCUUGAAGCAAAGAAUAAGCAUACUGAAGGUUGGGUCAUUCACGCUUAUAUUAAAGUAUUCAAUAAAUGGCUUGACAAUGUAGGCAGGACAAAUGCAACCUUUGAACAUAUUAAAGAUGCUGUUUCUGCAACAAUAGAGGCAAAAGAAGCUUCAGACCUAGUUCUAUAUAUCGAAAGGAACCCCCCAAUAAAAGUGGCAACGCCAAGGUGUCCCCCUUUAGUCCCUAACAAAUUAGACCGAACAUUUGGGAGCAACAUUGUACAUUCUCAACAGUGUAUGGCCUUACAUGAUGAUGAAGUACAAGGCAACUCUAAUUGCUCAAGAGGAAUAUUUGUCCGUUCAACUCGUAGCUACCAAUCGGCACAUUUUCCGUCCUGUUCUAGGCGUACUACAAAGGAAAUUUCCAAUCAGGAGGAAACUGUCGUACAAUUAAUCAAAAACAGUAUUGAAACUGAAUUUAAUUGUGAUGAUACAAAUAUUGCCGACCGAGAGCAAAUAAGGAAAAGAAAGCAAGAUCAAUCAACUACUCAGCAAAAUAAAAUGAUUGCAUUGGAAGAGUAUUUCAUUCGUCGUUUCAAAGACGAUCUGAAAGCAGAUUCUAUGCCAAUUCUCCAAAAUGAUUAUAAAAUGUUUAUGGAUUUUGUUAUAGACCUUAUUUCUAACGAAUGUCAUGUAAGCAAAGAAAUAGUAUUAUCCAUUACAUACGAAGGCUUCUGUAAAGCCCAUCAAACAAAAACAAAGGAAAAUGAAACCUUAUAUAUAAUAAAAUCGGGAAAGACAAGUCUUUGUAUUGGGAAAGAGGUAUUCGAUGAUUUAGCUGUUUACGGUAAUGUCGCACGACCAAAGCUGCUAAAACAUUUGGAUGAAAAGAAAAUUGAAUGUGAUAACACCACGUUAUUGUUCAUCAAAUUUGAACAAAUGAAAAAUAAAGAUGUCAAAAGAGUAAGGAAUAAUGCUGAAAAAGAAAAUAAUGCCGAGCAAAAUUUCCAAGUUAAUUGUCAAAAGGGUUCUUCUAUCGAAUCAUGCCCCGACAUGAACGAAUGUGAAGAACACUUCAAUAUUAAACAAAGUCUCCAACAAAACUCUUCAGAUCAGUUAUUUGAUUCUGAGAAAAGCAAAAGAGGUAACAGUAACAACAACACAUUAAAUGCACAUGAUUUGAAGUAUGAAGAAAAAAUAGGGACAGCCCAGGUUCAGCAUGGUAAGAAACAAGAAACAGAGAAAAAUAAGGUGAAAGAUGACAAAAGAGAUAUAGAUAUAGAAACGGAAUUAGACAGCAUAACAGAAUGGUUCUUUCCGGUUGGUAAUGAAAUAUAUAACGUACCAAAUGCAGACAAUGUAGCCGAAACAUUAAACAAAUUCGUGCAUCAGGACUUAAACAAUACUCCUAGUGAUAGCGCAUGUCAAUCACAAGUGUAAACUGUAAAGUCAUUCUAUUUUACAUACUUGCUACAAUGUACUUUACUAUGUUUUGUUUUAUCAAAAGCAUUAUAAGUUGUAGUAGUUACUUGAAAUGCUUUCGUUUACAAUUAUUAUGUAAAUGUAUUUACAAUUUUAUUUUUUAUAAUUAUUCUUCGCUAAUAUUCAAUGAUCUGUCAAUUUCUUUAAAUUUACAUUCAUUUCGAAGAUUUAAGCCGUUAUUCUAAAAACACACGUGGAUAAAAAAUGUUAAAAACUUAUGUAUAUCAGUUUAUUUGAUUUGAAGAUAACAAAAUGCUGUUAAAAGUGAUAAAUCUAACAUUUUCAACAUUGUAGGAGACGUUGACAUGAACAAACUUUAACGUGUGAAGGGCAGUUAAUCGGAAUUACUUAAUUAUAUUUGGAGGCAAGUGUGCGGACUUUAUAUUAAUUGUAGAAUAAAUAGAACAAAAUGUAAAAGACAAAAUACUUAUCAUGCUGUUAUGUACUUUCAACAUCUUCUUAUUUGUUCACAUGUUAAAGACAUAGCCACUCUGUUAGAAAAAAAAAUCGAUGAUUCCUAUGUAUUGGCUGUCGACAAUUAAAUACUGCUUAAG